AUGGAUUCAAAACAGUUGGAGAUUGUUUAUGGGAAACGCUCUCCUUUUAAUAAUACUGAAGCGUUAAAAAGGCUUUCAAAAUUAAAUGAAUCUUCAAUGUUGGAAGGAAUGGAAAGGGAUAUACACCUAAUUUCUGAACUACGUUCAUGGGAACUUAAACGAAGAAGGGAUGUUGUAUUAUCGCCUAUUGUCAGUGCUCCUUUUGUUCUGGCAGCACCAAUACUUAGCCAAGCAGUUGUACUCUCCCCUGUAGUUCUUUCACCGGUCAUUUUAACACCAGCCGUGCUUGGACCUUUUAUUCUUUCUCCAUGGGUUUUUAUUCCCGUCAUAUUGUCCCCGCGUGUUUUAUCUCCACUUAUUCUGAAUCCUCUCAUCUUUUCUCCAGUGGUUCUUUCACCUCUUGUAUUGCACCCUUUUGUUCUAUCCCCUGGAGUUUUUAAUCCUUUUGUACUCAGCCCUCUUGUCUUGUCUCCGUUUAUACUUUCUCCACAAGUUUUUACACCGGUAAUUUUUUAA